ACUUGUUUACUGGUGGAGGUACACAGGGAGAGACCAUACCGCCGACAACACGAGAGAAGUUUUCCCCACCUUCAGCCCAUUCCCACGCCAAUGAGUUCAUCGAAACCGCACACCGAGGUCUUGUGGACGGAACUGAGUGGUUUUCUGGGCAGGCCGAGCACGCGUUUGACGCUGGUCUGUUGAUUAACGUGGAAGAUUAAAACGCGACGCGCGUACGCUCACACACUUCGGGAGCAUUGUGCUUCUGGAAGCGAAGGCUUUAGGGGAAUAUCCAGGUGUUUAUGGGGCUCUGAACGCUUUUACACAAACGUGUGUGGAUGUUUAAUAUUAGAAGACGGUGGCUUUUUUGACCGUGGAAUAGCAAACAAAUCAUUUAGUGUGUGCGCAUGUGUAUAUGGAGAUGAGGAGAUGCCCAUUCUUCUGAUAGGAACAUUUGGCAGUGCAUGAAACGACCUGUGGAAUAACGCUUAUUUUUAGUUUUUUUUCCCUUAGAGACGUUCAAAUCAGGCAUAUUAUUGGAAUUUGUGCCUAUUGGGAAGCUUUUCUGUGAACAUUUGAGAUAUUUUUGUUUUUAAAGCAACCCGGGGUAGCCUACCAUAUCAGCACUACUGUUUGUAUUAUUAACAUUACGUGAAUUUUCAAGUUAAAACACGGGUAUGAAAAAGUUGCAAUGUACUGUACCCUUAAGGGUACCUCAUUCCUAGAAGUGUGGGAUUGAGUCCACGGAAGAAAUGCAUGCACGGUUUUCAUGCUUGAUCUACUGAAAGCAACGAUGAAUCCGAAAAGGCUUUCAAAAUGAUUUAGGAUGCAGGAUAAUUUUAUUUAAUGCUGAUUUCUCUAAUGCUGCGUAGGCAGCAACUACUUCAAUUGAACAUUAUCUUUAACUGAAGCACGCUGGACCCCUGGGUCCCCUUCUUGGGGGGUCUCAUUUAAGUUGUCCCUGACUUUUUUUGGGGGGCCUGGAUAUAGGCUAAUCAAGGUUUUAUUUUCUUUUAUUGCUCGACGACCGUUUUAUGGACACACCAGAGGUGGAUUUAAUUUUCCAAGAAAACUAAAACGUGUCGCGAAGCAUAAUGCGGCUGGACACAUCUGUGGUUGUUUUGGUCACUUUCGCCUACAUCGUGUGCCUCUGCGGAUCGCUACAUGGAGAAAUUUGCCCCAGCACAGAUAUCCGCAACAAUGCGACCCACCUGCGCGUUCUGGAGAACUGCACGGUGAUCGAGGGCCACCUGAAGAUCCUACUUAUAUUCAAAUCCAGAGUGGAGGACUUCCGGGGCUUGAGCUUCCCGAAGCUGGUCGUGAUCACGGACUACCUGCUCCUCUUCCGCGUCUACGGCCUGGAGAGUCUGGGCGACCUCUUCCCGAACCUCACCGUCAUCCGCGGCAACAACCUCUUCUUCAACUACGCCCUGGUCAUGUUCGAAAUGAUCCAGCUCAAGGAAAUCGGUCUCCACAGCCUGACCAACAUCACGCGAGGAGCGGUGCGCAUCGAGAAGAACCCCAACCUCUGCUAUUUGUUCACUCUCGACUGGUCCAAGAUCUCCGACUCGGUGGAGGACAACUACAUUGUGGCAAACAAAGACAAGCGGGAGUGCGGAGACAUUUGCCCGGGUACCAUCACGGGGACGAUAACCUGCAAACAGACCACCAUCAACGGGAAUUUCGGCGAGCGUUGCUGGAACCAGAACCAUUGCCAAAGAAUUUGCCCUUCCGAAUGCGUCCACGGUGCUUGUACCCCCGAUAAGGAGUGCUGUCAUGACCAGUGUCUGGGCGGCUGCUCCGUGCCAGGGAACGCGACCAAAUGCGUGGCUUGUCGCAACUUCCUGUUUGGCGACACCUGCGUGGAGCGCUGCCCGCUGGGCUACUACACCUUCAAGGGAUGGCGCUGCGUGUCCUUUAAAUUCUGCCAGGACCUUCACAACCAGUGCAAGGGCAAGAGCGGCGACUGCCACGAGUACGUCAUCCACAACGGAGCCUGUAUCCCAGAAUGCCCGUCUGGAUACACCACCAUGAAUUCCACCUCGUUGAACUGCAAGCCAUGCACCGGUCGAUGUCCCAAACUGUGUACGGGGGUGAAGAUGGUAGACUCGGUCACCGCUGCUCAGGCUCUGCGCGGCUGUACAUUGCUCAACGGCAGUCUGAUCUUUAAAAUCAGCAAAGGAAACAAUAUCGCGGCCGAGCUGGAGUCUAGUCUGGGUCAGCUGGAGGAGAUCACAGGCUAUCUGAGCAUCCGCAGAGCCCACGCUCUCGUCUCGCUCUCCUUCCUCCGCAAGCUGCGUGUCAUUCGUGGAGGAACGCUGGAAGCCGAGAACUAUUCUUUCUAUGCCUUGGACAACCUGAACUUGCGACAGCUGUGGGACUGGAACAAACACAACAUCACCAUCCUCAACGGCAAGAUGUACUUUGUUCAAAACAGCAAGCUCUGUAAGUCUGAGAUCCUCCGGAUGGAAGAAGUGACCGGGACCAAGGACAGGAAGAACGACAUCAGCAUCCCAGCGUAUGCAGACCAGACCUACUGUGAAAACCAAGUUCUUAAAUUUACGCAAAUCCGCACGAUCCACAACAAGAUCUUCAUUAAGUGGAAAGCGUUCUGGCCCUCGGACUUCAGGGACCUGCUGGGAUUCAUGGUCUUAUACAAGGAAGCUCCUUAUAAGAACGUGACUGAAUAUGACGGGCAGGAUGCCUGUGGCUCUAACAGCUGGGCGAUCGCAGACGUGGAGCCUCCUGAACGCGGCUCCGAGGGCAAAAGCCAGAGCGAGCCGGGUCUCCUCAUCAUGCCUCUGAAGCCCUGGACCCAGUACGCCAUCAUGGUCAAAGCCCAGCUCGCCGCCUCUGACGACCACCUCGUCCGCGGGGCCAAGAGCGAGAUCAUCUACAUCCGCACCAACGCCACCCGACCCUCGGUACCUCUGGACCCCAUUUCCUGGUCCAACUCCUCCUCCGAGAUCAUUCUCAAGUGGAAACUGCCCUCCGACCCCAACGGCAACAUCACUCACUACUUCGUCUACUGCCAGAAGCAGGAAGAGGAUAUCACGUACUACAAGUUCGACUACUGCCAGCAAGGGAUGAAGGUGCCGUCCCAUACGCCGACACACCACGACAUCAAAGAAGACCAGAAGUGGAACCAAACGGACGUGUCCGACCAGAAGGGCCGCUGCUGUGCCUGUCCUAAAACAGAGACGCAGCUGAAGAAAGAGGCCGAAGAGACUGAGUUCCGCAAGACCUUUGAGAACUACCUCCAUAAUGAAGUGUUUGAACCCAGACCCCACCGACGGCGGCGCUCAGUUGGUGUGGCCAAUGCGACUUUGCCGAAUUUUGUGAGCACAUUGUCCAGCCUGCCCAACUUUUCCACCACUUCGAGCCCAGAGAAGGAAAAGAGUCAGAAGAUGGUGUUCAAAGCCAACUCCAAAGAGUUCAUGGUCAUCCCCAACCUGGUCCACUUCACCAGCUACCAGAUCGAGAUCCAGGCCUGCAACCAUCCCACAGAUCCAAACCGCUGCAGCAUGCCGACAUACGUCAACGCCCGCACGCUGCCUGAACUAAAAGCUGACAACAUUGUCGGGCCAGUGACUCACGAAUUUUUUCCCGAUGAACCGGAAUUGGUCUACAUCAAAUGGCAGGAGCCGAAAGCGCCCAAUGGCAUGAUCAUACUGUAUGAAGUCAAAUACAUGAGGAUGUCGGAUAACUAUGAGGAUCAAGUCUGUGUGUCCAGAAUCACUUAUGAAAAAAUUCAUGGCUAUCGAUUACGAGUAGGGCAUCCUGGGAAUUACAGUGUGAGAAUACGUGCCACUUCUCUGGCCAGCAACGGUUCCUGGACAGAGCCUGCAUACUUCUUUGUUCAAGACAGGGAUAUGAACAUGAAAAUCAUCAUUGGCCCACUCAUCUGCUUCAUUGUACUGCUGUUUCUGGCCAGCACAGUCUUCAUUGUCCUUAGGAAGAAACAAACUGAAGGACCGACUGGCCCACUGAUUGCUUCCUCAAACCCAGAAUAUAUAAGUGCAAAUGAUGUGUAUAUCCCAGAUGAAUGGGAGGUGCCUCGGGAGAAGAUCAGUGUUAUGAGAGAGCUCGGUCAGGGAUCAUUCGGAAUGGUUUAUGAUGGCAUCGCUAAAGACAUUGUGAAGGGCGAACCAGAGACGCGAGUGGCCGUUAAAACCGUCAACGAGUCGGCGAGCCUGCGUGAGAGAAUCGAGUUCCUCAAUGAGGCUUCGGUCAUGAAAGCUUUUACCUGCCAUCACGUGGUCCGCUUGCUCGGUGUGGUAUCUAAGGGGCAACCGACAUUGGUUGUCAUGGAACUGAUGACACACGGAGAUCUGAAAAGCUACCUGCGUAGCUUGAGACCCGAUUCUGAGAAUAACCCAGGUCGUCCACCGCCAACCCUGAAGGAGAUGAUCCAAAUGGCAGCGGAGAUAGCAGAUGGCAUGGCAUACCUCAACGCUAAGAAGUUUGUCCACAGAGACCUUGCUGCCAGAAACUGCAUGGUGGCUGAAGAUCUCACUGUGAAAAUUGGAGAUUUUGGUAUGACGCGAGACAUCUAUGAGACUGAUUACUAUCGCAAGGGCGGGAAGGGCUUAUUGCCUGUCAGAUGGAUGGCACCAGAGUCCCUAAAAGAUGGCAUUUUCACUGCUCACUCGGAUUGCUGGUCUUUUGGAGUGGUAUUAUGGGAGAUCAGCACACUUGCUGAGCAGCCUUACCAAGGACUGUCCAAUGAGCAAGUGCUCAAGUUUGUCAUGGAUGGAGGAUACCUGGACAGGCCUGAUAACUGUCCAGAGAGAAUGCACAACCUCAUGCAGAUGUGUUGGCAGUAUAACCCGAAGAUGCGGCCCACUUUCCUUGAGAUCAUUGAGAUGAUCAAGGAAGACCUGCAUCCCACUUUCCAAGAGGUCUCUUUCUUCUACAGCGAGGAGAACAAACAGCCUGAGACUGAGGAGUUUGACAUGGACUUCGAGAACAUGGAGAGCAUACCACUGGACCCCUCAUCCUAUUCCCAACACGAGGAGAGCCUCAGUAGAGACAACGGCCCCUCGGUGGGCCUACGGGGCAAUUACGAGGAACACGUGCCCUACACGCAUAUGAACGGUGGAAAGAAAAAUGGCCGAAUUCUGUCUUUACCCAGAUCUAGUCCGUCCUAACAUUUGCCUCUGCUUUUUCUCUCUCGAUUUUUAAAGAAAAGUUUUUAAAUGCGUUAUUUUUUCAGAGGCCCUUAAAGAUACAGAUCUCAGGUCUUUUUUGUUUGUCGUUGUUGUUGUUAUUGUUUCCAUCUCACAGCUACACUAGUAUGGUUGCAACGAAAACGGACGUUAUAUUGCCCAUCAUCUGAUGCACCAUUCGCUUUCUGACACUUUUACACUUUUGCCAAGUUGGGCAGAGGGGAAAAGCAAACUGUGAACAUGACUAAAUCAACUAGAAAAGCUGCUUCGGCUAGGUCACCUCAAAGUCCGCUUCCUUCUCCUUUGGAUGCUUAUUUCCUGUCUCUCGCUCUCUCUCUCUUUCGUUUUUUUUUUUUUUAAGUGGAUAUCUUUUAAGAUAGUGGCCUUUUUUAAGUGGCCUAUAAAAAGAGAAGUGUCUAUCAACGCUUGUGUUGAUUUCUUUAGAACAACGACUUUACAGUUUGGAACUAUGGGAUGGCUUAUAUUCUUUUAGAACAAACCUUUGUUUUGUAGAGGAAUGAUUUUUAUUUUGUCCUGGAGAAUUCCUAAAUUCACAUAGAUGAUGUUCACAUGGUGUUCUGGUGAAUGAGCUUUAAUUUAUUUGCUUUCUGUUCUUUUUUUUUCUCUGAGCUUUUUUUCUCCUGUCCUUUUUACCGGCUGAAGGAUAUUUAACAGUUAUGAAUUGGACAAAAGAGUAAAUCAGACUGACCAAUAGCUGCUGCUCUGAUAUAUAGUAGGUAUUCAAAUUUUAUAUAUAUAUAGAGAGAGAGAGAGAGAGAAUAUUUAAAUAUUGAUUGGUAUCAGUAUUUUAAAUAUAAUAUUCACAACAUCUGAACUUUUGUACAAUUCUAAUGUCUUUUUCUAAUGUCUUCAUUGGCUUUGCUUAUGCAAUAUUUUUUGCAACAAUGUCUUUUCAUGAGCUGUUUUUUUUGUCUAUGUCUAAUGUCGCAUUAAUUAACAUGCAAGUUGACUCACAGUGAUAUUCCAGCGUACAGUGGGGAGCAUUUUUGGUUUAGCCUAAAUUCAAAUUAUCAAAAUUACAAUUUCAUUUCGGAAUAAUGAAUAAUAAUAAUUAAAUAUUAUUAUUGUUAGUAUUAUUUAAAAAUAGAAAUAUUUGAUUGCUCAAUUCAAGGGAAUAAAAGUUCCAAUUUCCUGUCAUAAAUUGGAUUUUUGUUGGAUGUUCCUCAGUUAAAUUUUGGGAUUCCGAUAGCUGUUGUGGAGAAUGUUUUGGGAAUGUUUCGUUUUUUUGGCUCAAUUUACUAUUUACCUGAUUUUCCAGGGGGAUUUAGGAUCUUAUUGUGAGAUAAGCUCUACCUAGGGAUUCUAGGUUCUUUGUUUUUUGACAGCUGAAAUAUUCGACCUGGCAAUAUUUGAAUCAGAUCAAAAAACAUUCUUGUAAUUUAGCCCCGAUCAGCCUCCGGUACCUGUUAAAGUAUCAAAAGUGAGUGUAGAUCUCGCACGGCUUCGUAUAAUAACGGCAUUUACGCUCUAGUUCUGAGAAAGUGAAGUCUUAGAAGACCACAGGGAAAGUAAACUUCCUCCUCUGUCAGAAUGACGCCGUUUUUUUCCCCAAAUAAUCCUUUAAAGAAAAACAGCAGACAGCUUUCAUGGGCAGAUGCAUAAUUCCAUUUUUACUGGAUCUUGCUUGUCGUCAUCAAAAAAUGUGCACAUUUCAUGUAUGUGCGUGUAUAUUUGUGUAUGUAUAUUUAUUCGUGGGUAGUUUGGGAGGGAAGCGACAGAACGAGGCUGAAAUUCACGCAAGCUUUUUUAAGUGUUUUUGCCAUUUCAUGUUUUUUUCCUCAUCUUUCUCGCAUUUUUGUACCGUAGGCUGAUAAAAAAAAAUUCCCUUUCUUGGUCCCAUUGGCUUUAUCUUAGAUGUACAUAGCAGAAUCGAAGAAAUCAAACUAGCUUGUAGCUGUUCGAAAACUAUUGCAAAGAAAGUUUUUUUUUUUUCCUGUAAAAUGAAGCAGAUUCUUUUUUUUUUUUUCCUAAAUAACAAGAUUGCCAUAUCUUUGAAAAGGCAAAUAUUGAAAUUUUAUUUAUUUUAUGAUCCUCAUAAUUAUGUAAAUCCCUGCUAGCUUUUAUUACAAUACUCUAAGGCGGGUAAAACUAGUCUUUUAGUUUAUUUUUUGUUUAAAGAGAGAUACAGCUGGCGAGUUCGCAAACGCAGUUGGUUUAGUGCUAAUGUCUUUCUGUUGGUUGUUUGGAGACAGUCUACCUCAGUAUAUUUUUAGAAAUUUUUUUAGAGCCAAGUGCAUCUCUCUUUAGUUGUUCGAAUUUCUUUAACAGCAAAAACCAUGUCAGCAAUCCCAAAUUCGGCCACUAGAGGUUCUCUCUCGCAACGAUUAUGGAUCACUCCCUUGUUCCCCGUUAUUCGAUUUUGAUUUUGGAGAAAGCUUAGAACCCAAAGAUUCACUUUAACGGGUGACGUCUGUCUUUUGAAUCAUUUGAAAUAUGCAGUGCCAGUUUCGUUGCGAAAAAUUCGAUAAAAUGAAAGUUUAUCCUGAGGUAUUACUAAAGUACAACGUUAAAAGACGCCUAUAGCAUGAAGUGUGUGGGAAAAACUGGUUUUUAUUUUACGGUACAUUGUUUGGCUCUGCUAAUCUGAAUGAGGUAUUACAGCAUUUGAUCUCUUUGUCUAUUACAUGAAGCACUUAUUUGAAUUAUACAAAACAUUUCGUAAAGCCACUUGUCAUUAAUUCGCAAACAUUGUAUGUUUUCUGUGAUUUAAACUCAAUUUAACCUUUCAAGUCAAUUCCUGAGAGACUACUGAAUCACAGUUUGUUGCGCAAAAAUGCCCACGAAAAAUUAUGCGAUGUUUUUUUUUUUAUUGGCUAGUUACAGUGGGUGUACAACCAUUUGUGAUGCACUUGGUGAAACAGCUCUUCUUCACUCAAUGCGGUAUCUCACCAAACAAACGUUCUAAUGCCCCGAGUUCAGUAGUUUCACAUACAAAAACUUUGUACACUGUUUUUUUUUAAUGGUUUGUUUGCACCAAAUGUGAUUGUCAAUGUCUUUUUUUGUUCCAUGUGUAUUCUACUGUGAAAAAAAAUUUCUAUCAAUGCCAUAGUUUAUAGUAAACACGGACUUCACCUGCCUCUCCUUACACAUGCGUUCAUAAAUACUCUUGCGGACAAUCCUAUGUGCCAUAGAAACGUUUUCUUUUCCUCAGGGAGAUGUGAGCGUUGGGUUUCGUUUAUCGGAGGAGCAUCAAUUUUAUACACUGCUAGCUAAAUGGAUGGACAACUGCAAAAACUAUGUUUUGGAUGCCAGUCGUCCAUCUCUAAAGCAUUUCGCAUCUUUCGUUGCCUCUCCAAUGUGUUUCGGGGAAUUAAUUGAGCGCCCCCCUGGUGGAUCCAUAGUGCCUUGCACAAACCCAAGUAUCCUCCAAGCCAAACCUGGCCAACAAACUCCCUGGACCGGAUUGUUUUUCCCCCAACAUCCUCAAAAUACUGGAGCCUAUUGUACAGAUUUCUCGACAGGUUAGCACAUCUUUGGCUCAAUGCUUGGCUCGGUUUUACUGUAUUGGUAUAUGUGAAUGAUAUACUUUUAUUUUAAUUUUUAAUUAAGCUGAACUUGUCUCUUCUUGGAUAUGCUACGGCUUGCUUUGUGCGCUUGACGAACAUCGUACAAUUGAUUCACUGUUACCCAAACAACAACUUUGGCAGCUCCCAGUGUAAAAGUCUAAAUUGAGAGAAUAUAAUUUUGAUAAAUUACCUUAAAUAAACGUAGUAACAAAACCCCAAAUGCAGUUUUCUACAGCAAGCUAAAAAAGCAGAACAGGUUGAGCGCAAGGCAUUGUAUGUAUUUUAUUGUUUUUAAAAGGAAAAAGUAUUACACUUGGAGAUAUUAAUUUCUAUUUUUUUAGUCAAAAUAGGGAGGGCAAAUUCAAUUACUUUUUUGACUGUAAACAUUUACUAUUCAUGUACAUUACGGAAUUUACGUGAUCAGUGUAUAUAGCUUUCUUUUCGAUAAAAAUGUGAUGUCUUUUGUUCAUAGCAUUACACUGUGAUUCAGAGAUAUAAAAGACAUCGAUUUUACUCCCCAAACUGAUCGGAUGACGAACUGUUCGGGUUUUUGGCCUACAAUGAUAUUCUUUGUACGAUGUUGCAUUGUUUGAUUUUUUUUUUUCAUGUACAACUACUUGUUUGCCAUCCAAAAAAUUAUGGCAUAACCUUUGUCAGCAUUUUGUAUUUGUAAAU